AUGAAAACAGCUGUCUCUUUUUUACCCGCUGCAACACAAACAAUACUUGACCUUAAUGCUAAACAUUGUUUACGCGGCGUUACAUUUGAAUGCCCAGAGUCAGCCCGCCGCGAUUUACCGAUUAUUGUCCACUGCCACCUUGAUGUCGAACAUACGACAAGCCAAGAUAUUGAUCGUUUGUUUAGUAGUUAUGCUCAAACAGGUAAACCUUUAUAUUGGGUUGAUGAUCAGAAGCUCCAACUUGCUGCUCCUGAAGUUGUUUUUACACAAGAUGUUUGUGAUAUCUGUCAAAUUGAUACCAAAUGUACACAAGCAUCUUUAGACAAAUUGUCUAUUAUGCCUGAAAUCAUACGUUUAACCCCACAAAGUUUAGAUGAUGUUUUUAUGGAUGCGUCACGGAUUGCCUCUGCGAUUGGUCAACAUGAAAGGGGUCAACAAUUUAUUACAAACCUACGCACGCGUUUACAAAUCAUUGUAGAAACGCUGCGCAAACACCAAGCGCCUUUGCGUCGUGUUUCUUUACUUGAAUGGUUAGACCCUAUCUAUAAUUGUGGCCAUUGGAUUCCUGAGCAACUUGCUUAUGCAGGUGGUAUCGACAUGCUGUCACAUCCACGCGGUGACAGUAUCCGUAUUGAUUGGGAAACCAUACGCCGCUAUGAUCCAGAGAUCAUUUGUCUUGCCCCUUGUGGUUUUGAUGUUACACGUUCAUUGCAAGAAUUAGAACCCUUUAUGCAGUUACCUGGUUUACAAGAUCUACAAGCUUGGCAACAAGAUACUAUUUUUGUACUUGACUAUACCUAUUUCACACAGCCUUCAAUUCGUACCAAUGUAGAAGGUAUUGAACUUCUUGCCCAUUUAUUUCACCCAGAGCUAUUUCCUGAACCUGUUCCUGAAGGAGAUACUUGGAUACGUCUUAAGCAUCACUAG